AUGGACACAUUCUUUCAGCUAAUUCACCAGCGUGCGAGUAUCCCGACAGCUUUGGCAGCAUUAGAGAAGGCCAAAAGCCUAAAUUCCGUCAAGUUUGUAGCGCAAGUGGACGUGGUUCGCUCAAGAAACCCGUUUUACGCUAAAAAGCUGUUGAAGGCAUUGUCCGAACAGACUCAAUUGAUCGACAAGAAAACCGAGACAAGUGUUGGAGCUGGGGACAAUGGUGAGUCGAAUAGCCUUGAACUCACAGAAUGGGUUUUUGAACAAUACGUGGAAUUAUUGGCGGUGAAUCCUCCCGAUCCAGUGGGCUUUACGGACAUUAUACGUUACAGCUUGGGUUGCGGCGUUGAGAUAGAUGUGGAAGAACAGCCGCUGUUGUUGAGUGCAGCAGGAACCACCGGAAAUCGAACGUGGAAAGCUGCAUUGUACCUGGGCGAGCUGCUGGCUCAGAAAGAUCCAAUUCUGGGCGAUCUCGGUUCAGUUUCCAAAGUGCUGGAGCUCGGUACGGGAACGGGGCUCGUAAGCAUGGUGUGGGCCAAAGUGCAUGGUUCGCACACUAAAGAGCUAUAUAUUACGGAUGGCAACUCACGGUUGAUCGAGCAAUGCACAUGUCACAAUUUCAGACUCAAUGGCUUCAAUAAUACCGAAAAUUUCAAGUUCCAGCGGCUGUAUUGGGGCGAGGACGAUGUCCCAGAAGUCGAUCUAGUACUAGCAUCGGAUGUGACCUACGAUAUAACUGUGGUUCCCGUUCUGGCUGAGACGCUGGCCACAGCGUUACGCAAAGGUGCUCGCUUCGCCUUAAUCGCGGCGACGGUGCGUAACGAGAAAACAAAUGCCGAGUUCGAGUCCCAAUGCGCCAACAACGGGUUGGCCGUUGAGGUUGUGAGUGUCAAGCCGGUGGAAAUGACACCCAUAAGAAUCUACAAGCUGAGUACUUUGGCCUAG